GAGGCUCCUAAAGGAAGCUCGUCAUUCAUUGGUCAACGGUAGCAUUUUGAAUUACAAGGCGCUCUUUGAAGCGGUGCCUGUGGAAAAAAUGAGUUGCAACAAGUUGGUGGUUUGAAAAAGAAAAUUGUAAGACAACAACUGAGACCAAACACAAGUCGUUAGAGGCUCCACACGCGAACAUUUCACCAGCAGUGACGGAUUUGAACUCAUUGAUCAACAUGGAGUCUGCUGCGCUGAGCCUUCAGGGCUUAUACGACAAGAUGAGGAUGCAGGUUGAAGUCCUCAAUGAAAACAUUGAACCCAGCUUCAUCCAGAUGGCCCAGAAUUUUGAAAACUGCCGUCGUAAGUGGCUGAGGGUGGAGCACGAACUGGGGUCUUGUAAAGAGAAUCUCACAAAAACCGAGACUGAGAGGGGAUCCCUGGAGGUAAAACUCAAACAUGCACGUAAUCAAGUGGACGUGGAGAUCAGACGAAGACAGAAGGCGGAGGCUGAAUGCGAGAAGUUGGAUCGUCAACUUCAGUUGAUUCGCGACCUUCUGAUCAGUGAGGGUUCCAGCAACAGCAUCCAACUCAGUGCAGAGCAGCGUUCAGCCCUGGCCUUCCUGAACACCAACUGUCACACUCCAGUCAACUUGAAUUCCAGCCGGAGACUGUCUAAAAUUGAGGAGUCUGCUUCCAUUCUGUCAGAUAUUAGCUACGACAAAACAGAUGACUCUCUUGACUGGGACUCAUCAAACAUGAGGACAGUGCGACUGAAGAAACGGGAAAAAAGGCGCUCCUCAAGGCAUCAUACAGACGGUCCACCGAUUGGUUCCAAAAGAUCCCGGUCAACAGGCAAAACCUUAGAUCGGGGAAAUGAGACUCUUGUAACAACCACCACAGUGACUGUCCCAACAAACGGAGCACCAAUCGAAGCAGUUUCCACCAUUGAAGCUGUUCCAUACUGGACUCGCAGCAGGAGGAGGACUGCUGCCAUGGAGUGGGACUCUGAAUCUGUCAGGUCUGAGGAUGUCUUCAAGCAGCCGAGCCUCCCUGAGGUAGACAGAAAAGCCCAGCCAAGCACUCCCCAGCACAACGGAGUCCGUCUGCACGAGUUUGUCUCCAAAACUGUCAUUAAGCCUGAAUCAUGCGUUCCCUGCGGCAAGAGGAUCAAAUUCGGGAAGAUUUCACUGAAAUGCCGUGACUGCAGGGUGGUCUCACACCCCGAGUGUCGUGAGCGCUGCCCUCUACCGUGCAUCCCUAAUGUGGGUGCCACACCAGUCAAAAUUGGGGAGGGCGUGCUGGCAGACUACGUUUCUGACAUGUCACCCAUGAUUCCACCUCUCGUGGUCCACUGUAUCAACGAGAUAGAGCAAAGAGGUCUGCACGAGGCUGGACUGUACCGUCUGUCUGGAGCAGAUCGCACUGUGAAGGAGCUGAAGGAGAAAUUUCUCCGCAGCAAAACGGUUCCUGUGCUGAGUAAAGUGGACGACAUCCACGCCAUCACCGGCCUCCUGAAGGACUUCCUGAGGAACCUGAAGGAACCUUUGCUGACCUUUCGCCUCAACCAUGCCUUCAUGGAUGCAGCGGAAGUUGCAGAUGACGACAACAGCGUUGCACUGAUGUACCAAACCAUUAGUGACCUGCCACAGCCUCACAGGGACACCCUGGCUUUCUUAGUCCUUCACCUUCAGAGAGUGGCUGACAGUCUGGACACCAAGAUGGACAUCACCAACCUGGCCCGAGUAUUUGGUCCUACCAUUGUGGGUCAUGCAAUUCCCAACCCAGAUCCUAUGACAAUCCUACAGGACACCAAGCGACAGCCCAAGGUGGUGGAGCGUCUGCUCUCUCUGCCCAUGGAUUACUGGAGCCACUUUGUGAGGGUGGAAAACCUGCAGCCAACAACAGACCAACUGAUUAUUGAGAAUGCAAACUGCUAUUCCACCCCUGAGAGAGCCAACAUGCUGGGACCUCUGACCACACCAGAGCACCAGCUCAAUAAAACGCCCUCCUCAAGCUCUUUGUCUCAGCGCAUGAAGUCCACUCUGACUCCCAGAUUUGGGAGCAAGAGCAAGUCGGCAGUCGGAUUCAAUGCCCAGAGGAAAUUCUUUUCUUCUCCAAGUCUCAAAUAAUCAAACCCACACUUAUUAACCUUCAUUGAUGCAGCAGAAAGAUUUAACCCAGAACAGCGUACUGCUGUGCUACUGGCUAUUAAUGACCACAUAGUAACCGUCUUUCUUAAUACGUGUAACCAUUUUUAAAAAAUAUUUCACAAUCUUAAGUUUUUAACAAUAUUUUACAUGUUUGUUGUGAAGACUUAAAAAAAAAAAACAGUUAGUUUCUUAAACCUUUUGCACAGUUGUGUCUUUAGAACUCUGUGAGCCCCAGUGUCUAACUGGGUUCUAAUAUCCUGUCUUUAACACAGUGGACUGUGUACUUAGAUAUAUUCUGCGAUGAAAAAGUGUGUUGUGCUUUUGUUGUGAUGCGUUUCUAAAUUUCACCAUUUCUUCAGAGUUUCUCGGCUCAUGUGUCACUCAGAGGUUGAAGAACUCGUUUGUAGGCAUUUCAAAUGAAGUUGUACCCAAUUGUGGCUGCUCUUAGCAUUUUCUUUUUUUUUUACUACAGCUUCAAACUAGUUAAAACAUUGUUGGGAAGAUUAUCUGUGUGAGAGCGUGUUAUCGACUGAUUCGUGUCAAAAUUUUAGUUACUGCCAUUUUUAGUGUCCUGCACUCCCAGUGUUCAGGGUCAUUGAUCAUUGGUUUUACAUGACGCCCUAAAACCAUCAGUUUAUUUUUCUUAUGUACAGCUCCGAUGAAUUUGUUUGUAUCACGAGAGGUUAUGCAAGAGGAGCUCUGUGUAAAAUGCAUUUACUUUGUAACACUUCAUGCCAGUUCACUUAAAGUGGCAUUAUUUGUCAUUGUGUGACAUUCAUGAUACAUAUAAAAUAUGACAUUUAGCAGA